UCCUCCCUCCUCCCUCCCCGUCCCCCCUGCUCCUGUGUGUAGGGGUGGAUGGGCAGUGAGGACUACUGUCAGUGAGGACUGUCGUUCCCUCAGGCUCCAGUUCUCUGCCCUCUCUCCGUCUGUUGUGUGUGAAGAUGAAUCGCACAGUCGGGAUCUGUCUGCUGAUCAGCUGCACUCUGGCUGGACUGGGUUCAGCUAUUCGCUGCUACAGCUGUAAGGACUACACGGCCAGCUGCUCUAAACAACGAGACUGUAGCUAUGACGACGCCUGUCUCACCCUCACCGAGAGAGGUGGUCAAACGUACCGGCAGUGUCUCAAGUACUCAGACUGUGAAUACAGUCGGCUGGGACAGAUGUUCCCUCAGGUUUCCAGUUUCACCUUCAAGUGCUGCAACUCUGAUCUGUGCAACUCCGCCCCCUCCUCUUCAGCGAGCUCUCUGAUUGGUUUAUUGGCCUCUCUGGCUGUGAUCUGGUGGUGUAUGCACUGAGAGAUUAAACGACACAAACAAAUACCAGUACAGACACACAUUCACACAAACACACAUCCACACACAUUUACACAAACACACACCAGUAUGAAACCAUUCAAAUGCACAGCUAACCAAUAGAAAUACAGCAAUAUCACACCUAGGGCAGGCUAACUAAGGGCUAGGGUUAGCCUUACCUUAUCCUAGGGGCAGGCUAACUAAGGGCUAGCCUUACCUUAUCCUAGGGGCAGGCUAACUAAGGGCUAGGGGUAGUCUUACCUUAUCCUAGGGGCAGGCUAACUAAGGGCUAGGGUUAGCCUUACCUUAUCCUAGGGGCAGGCUAACUAAGGGCUAGCCUUACCUUAUCCUAGGGGCAGGCUAACUAAGGGCUAGGGGUAGUCUUACCUUAUCCUAGGGGCAGGCUAACUAAGGGCUAGGGUUAGCCUUGCCUUACCCUAGGGGCAGGCUAACAAAGGGCUAGGGUUAGCCUUGCCUUACCCUAGGGGAGGCUAACUAAGGGCUAGGGUUAGCCUUGCCUUACCCUAGGGGGUAAAGCCUUGACUUGGGGUGAGGCUAAGGGUUAGGGUAAGUCUUGACUUGGGGUGAGGCUAAGGGUUAGGGUAAGCCUUACCUUGGGGGGAGGCUCAACCUUAGAGGAGGCUAACCAAGGGUAAGCCUUGACCUACGGUGAUGCUAACCCGAGUGCUGAGCUAGCCCUGACCCAUAAAGACAUGCAGCGGACAUAAGAUCCAUGCUAACACCAAGUUGUACUGAGUGCUCUAACCGCUUCACCCUCACCCUGUGGGCAGGUCUCGGAGGUCCUGAAAGUAUUGAUUGAAAAAUGUAUUGAUUUAAUCCAUGGUCUCUAUUGAUAAAGGGAGGAUGGAGAACAUGUGGAACUGUAACACAAAGCACCAUUAUUGAUAACGGCAUAAUAAACAUUUCCGUUAAGUGCAACUGGUAACCGUUUGUUCCGUCAUAACAAAGUGGAAAUAUCAUCUGGGCACCAGUUUGAGGAGCUGGUUUCAGUCCCCAUGAACCAGUUUGAGGGGCUGGUUUUUGUCCCCAUAAACCAGUUUGAGGAGCUGCUUUCAGUCCCCAUAAACCAGUUUGAGGAGCUGGUUUCAGUCCCCAUGAAAUUAUACAAUUGUUUUUUUAUGAUUACUAAGAUAAGUAUUGUGUUACAGAAGGCCAGUUAUCAACAUUAAGAUGUAUGCACUGUUUAAAUUAGGGCUUGUUAUGAUAAUAAAGAUUAAUAAUGUAUCAAA